AUGAAGACUUUUCAGUUUCUUGUAAUUGUUGUCUUCUUGGCUUUGGCAUCAUUCAUUGCUUAUGCUUAUGAUCCAAGUCCUCUUCAGGACUAUUGUGUUGCCACCAAUGACACCGAACUUGGUGUGUUUGUGAAUGGAAAUUUCUGCAAGGAUCCAAAAGAUGUCACGUCCGAUGACUUCUUCUAUCCAGAGCUUCUUAACCCUUUAGACAUUGAUAAUCAACUUGGAUUUAAUGCAAUAUUUGUUUUCGUUGAUAAAUUUCCAGGACUUAAUACUCUUGGCAUAUCGUUAGCAUAUGCUGAAUUUGCACCUCGUGGUGUAGCUCCUCCGCAUAUUCACCCUCGAGGCUCUGAAAUUAUUAUAGUUUUAGAAGGUACUAUCUUUAUUGGUUUUGUUGUAUCUGAUCAAAACAACAAUACCUUCUUCUACAAAGUUCUUGGUCGUGGAGAUGUUUUUCUUAUCCCAAUCGCACAAGUUCACUUUGCCUAUAAUAUUGGAAAUACUACUGCUACCGCCUUAGUUGCUUACAAUAGCCAGAAUCCAGGAGUUACAGUAAUAUCUAAUGCUAUAUUUGGAUCAAAUCCACCUAUAAAUCCUUAUAUUCUUGCCAAGGCAUUUCAAUUGAAUAUUGAUGUGAUAGAAUAUUUACAAAGUGGAUUUUAA